AGACACCAUGGGAGUCCUCAGUCUGACGGUCUCGUCAGCCGAGAAGGGAAUCAAGAAGACGAUGCAGUUCGAGCCGUCCACACUUAUAUACGAUGCCGCCAAGCUUAUUAGGGAAAAAUUCGCGAUGCACGAUGUUAAUGCAAAUGAAUACGGAAUCUUCCGGCUCGACGAGAACCCAUCAAAAUCACUCUGGAUGGACAACGGGCGCACAUUUGAGCACUAUUUGGUGCGUAACAAGGACGAAAUCGAGUACAAGCGGAAGAUCCGUCUGCUCAAAGUUCGAAUGCUCGACGGAGCCGUCAAAACGAUCUCCGUUGACGAGUCACAGCCCGUGUCGCAGCUCAUGAUGACCGUCUGUAAUAAGAUUGGAAUCUCGAAUUACGAAGAGUACAGUCUUGUUCGAGACGAUAUUCUUAUGCAGAACGGUGGCGGCGGCGGCGGCGGCGGCGGACAAAAUGGAGGUUCCACGUGGAAUUUGAAGGAGAAGGAGAGUAGAUCAAAAAGCUCUGAUCGUGGCGGCGGUGGAAUCUAUGGGACGAUGAGAAAGAAGAAUGAGCAAAAGUUGGAGGAGCUCCGCAAAAAGUUGCAUACCGAUGAGGAACUUCCGUGGCUGGACCAUACGAAGACACUUCGAGAACAGGGGAUUACGGAGGAGGAGACGUUGAUCUUGAGGAGAAAGUAUUUCUUUAGUGACAGCAACGUUGAUAGCAGAGACCCAGUGCAAUUAAACCUUUUGUAUGUCCAAUGCAGAGAUGGUAUUCUCCGAGGGCUUCACCCUGUGGAGAAGGAGACCGCAUUCCAACUAGCCGCCCUUCAAUCUCAUAUUCAAUAUGGAGACUUUCCAUAUGACAAGCCAAAGUUUCAUUUGGAUGGACGAGAUGUUCUGCCGAAGGAGUACGCGAAGAAUAAGGAAAAUGAGAAGAAGGUUGUGGCGAUGUACAAGGAGUUGAGUGGAACGUCUGAAUUGGAUGCGAAGAGCAAGUAUGUUCACUUGUGCAGAGGAUUGAAGACUUAUGGAGUAACGUUCUUUGUGGUGAAGGAGAAGCUUCCUGGAAAGAAUAAGCUGGUGCCGAGACUUUUGGGAGUGAACAAAGAAAGUGUAAUGCGAGUUGACGAGAAUUCCAAGCAAAUCCUCAAAGAAUGGCCACUGGAGCAAGUUCGCCGAUGGGUUCCCUCUGCGAAAUGCUUCUCCCUCGACUUUGGAGACUAUCAGGACGGAUACUACUCUGUACAGACCACUGACGGAGAGAAGAUUGCUCAAUUGAUUCAAGGCUACGUAGACAUUAUUCUGAAAAAGAAGAGAACCCAGGAUCAUCAAGGAAUCGAAGGAGACGAAGGAUCUACGAUGCUUGAGGAUAUGGUCGCACCGGCAAAGGCUACGCUGGUUGCUCACGGACAGAUUGGAAGUGGACAACACGCGACUGAUGGUUUGGUGGCUGUUAGAGGAGUACUUAGAACGCCACAAGGAGGGCAAGGAUAUGGUAUUAAUGGUGCACAGUAUGGAGCUGUCAGUGGAGAGAUUACAUCGCAGGAGUUGGCGAGGGCUCAGCGCCUCCGCUAUCAGGAUAUGUACCAACAUCCACAACGUGCACUUAUCGGAACAAUCGAAGCAACCAUCCGGGCUGUGGAGGACGCAGAGAUCGAACUUGAAGCCGAGCCACAAAUCGAUAUUCCACGGUUCAAUGACGAUUAUUCGCAGAAUCGUUGGAUGGAGGAGCAACAGGCGGUGAAUAAGGAGAAUGUGAAUGAGAGGCUCGCGGCGAUGGGCGCCGCGACCGCUCAGGUCGUUCAAUGGACCGCAGUCGAGGAAUACGACGAUCGCGUCGGAACAGCCAUCGCCACGAUCGGCUCGAACCUUCCAGAUGUUAGCAGAAAUGUUCGCGAUCUUGGUGCAUUCAUGGAGCACCGGGAACGAGGCGAUCUUCUCGAUGCGACAAAAAAACUUUGUGGAGCGUUCGGCAAAUUCUUGAACACAGUUAACCCGGAGACUGAAGCGCGAAGGAACGAGGUGUUCAGGACGGCCGGGCAUGUUGGAGAAACAUCACAACACUUGAUCAACGUCAUGGAGGCACCAAACGAAGGUCAGCAGAAAUUCGAUGAACGGCUGGUGCAGAGUGCGAAGAAUGUGGCCACUUCAACGGCUCAGCUGGUUUUGUGCGCCAAGACCAUCUCCGCCGAAUGCGACGAGCCGCAAGUCCAAGAGCGCGUCAUCCAGUCGGCCACAAAAUGUGCAUUUGCCACGUCACAACUGGUAGCCUGCGCCCGAGUCGUCGCACCGACGAUCGACAACAACGCCUGCCAGCAACAACUCUCCACAGCCGCCACAGAAGUCACCCAAUCUGUCAAUAACCUGCUUCACGACGCAGAACACGCCGUCUACCAGCAGUCGAGCCUUACAGAUAUUCAUGAGGCUGCUCGCCAAGUCACAAGUGCUCUUGACAGUCUGUUGGAGCACGCAAAAUGUAGUCCGAAGACUCAGACAACGAGACGUGAAGAGGAGGAGAUGUAUAAUGAAGUGUUGAGAAGAACCAAUAGAAUGGUCGUGCAUCAGGGACCAAGUGAGGAUCUCACUAGAGAAGCUCGCAAGGUAGUCCGACACAGCCAACUGCUCACCGAGCAAUUCCAACACGAAGCUCACCAGCGCCCCGAGCACCGUGAGCGGCUUCUCGAUGCAGCUGCGAAGGUUGCUCACGCAACGUCUGAAAUGAUUUUGGCAACCGAGCAAGCAGAAUCACAGCCGAGACAAGUCGAGACCGAAUACGCACUUCGGACUGCGGCCGAGCGACUUGGCCAAGUGACCAAUGAGACGACACAAGAGCAACAGGAGCAGCAUAUCAUGCAACGAUUGGAGCAGGCUGCCAAACAGACCGCUUAUGAUGCAACACAGACGAUAUCGGCGGCCAAUUCAGCAAAGAAGAAGCAGCAAGAGCACAAGCGCACCGAGACCACUGAACAGCUUCUAGUCGAUGAUUCGCACACGAUUUUACGCAUUCGUUAAAUUUGAAUAUAUAUUCUUAUACAUAUUCUUUCGCCCCGGUUUUCUAGAAUCUUCUAGAAAACAUUCAAAAUUUCAUAUCUUCUUGCCCUUUCCUUUUCCAUAAUUUUUGAACAAAAUCAAUAUUAAUCAAUAAACCAAUAAAUCAAUAAAUCAUCGACUAAAAGCCUUUUCACUGAGUUUUGACCCCCCAACCAGAACCCCUAGUGGAUACCGAUGUCAUUGAAAGCAGAUCGUACAAGGAAAAUCUGGUGUAUGAGUCUACACAGACCGCCGGGCACCUGCCAAACCUCAUCACCUCCAUCCGUGAAAGCCAGAAGGUCGACAACACGCCUGGAGAGAAGUUCAAAGCACAGAGCCGCCUCAUCCGUGACUCCUACAAAGUCCUCGAAACAUCCGUUCGACUCUUCGAAACGGCAAGAACAGCGGUCCCAAUGGUUUCCGAUAGUCAUCUUGCAUCUUCUUUGGAUCAAUCUGCGAAUCGUCUUGGUACUUCUCUUGCCGAUCUUCGCACUUCUGUCAAUGAUGCUCAGCAGCUCAACUUCUCCCAACAGCUCUUGUAUAGUGAGGAGCUUAUCAAGGAGCUUGAUGAUCAACUGGUUAACACUCAGAAAAGAGCCAUUGCUAGGGAGCUUCCACCAAUCCAGAAUGCCACGUCGUUCAGUGUCUCGUCGAAGUUGAUGGCUACCACUAGCAAUGUUGGGUCAGGAGUUGCCCAGCUCAUCACUGCUGCUGCCACGUCUAAUGACGACAAAUACGUCGGAACGUCUGCUGUGGAACUUGCUCAAGGACUCAGAGACUUUACGGAUGCUAUCACUGAAAUUGUCACGGUUCGUACUGACAUCCAAUUAGACAAGCUGAUCGUCAGCGCUCGUUCGGUCGUCCACGAGUCUGGAAGAGUCUUCGACCGGGUUCGUGAGAAGAGUGCUCCAACAGUGCUCACCGAUGCCGCCAUGAAUGUGUCGACUAGUUUGAAGCAAGUCAUCUCGUGUCUCCCGGACACCAAGCACAUCGAAAAAGCGAUCCAUGAGAUUCAAACAGCUCAUACCUCUGCAAACAUCCGACCAAUGGAGGUUCGUCAGGCAGCCAACAAGUUCAUCGAAGCGACUUCCCAGCUGGUGGUCACUAUCGGAUCUCCAGAUAGCAGAGAAGCAGUUGAUAUCUUCGUUCGGGCCUACUGUGAUCUUCACGGAUCAGUGGUCGCCCAGCUUCAACGCCAGUCUAACAUGAACAACGUCAAGACGGCAAUCAUCGAUCGAUUGGAGGAAGCUCAACGUGGAUCCAUUGGUGUCUUGGAGACUCUCCGCCAAGCCGGAAAUCCAUCCGAUCAUACUCUUUCUCAACAGUUCACUUCAAAGACUCGAGAACUCGCAACAACCGUCAACCAGCUCGUCGAGUUGUCCGGAAUGGACGGCGGUGAGAGCAGAUGGCAGAGAGAGUGCGACGCGGCUCUCCGACGUAUUCAAGCAGUCUACCAUGUUACUCAACAUGCAAAUGUUCCACUCAACGAUAACGGAUACUUUGCAUCUCUUCAAUCAGUCUCCGACGGAUCCAGAAGACUCGGAGAGGCUAUGACCGGAAUGGCAAGACAUGCCAAGGGAAAUGACACUGAAGGAUUCUGCACGAGUGUUCGCGAUUCUGCGGAUGCUCUCUGCUCAUUGGCCGAGUCGGCGUCUCACUCCGCGUACCUCGUCGGAAUCUCCCAUCCAGCAUCUUCCCCCGGACGUGCUGCACUGAUUGAUUCAUCUGAAGUCGCAAGAAGUGUAGAGUCAAUCAACGCUUCGUGCCAAAGAGUCGAAUCGAGACAGUUGAACCGUGAAGAGCUUAUGAGCGAUAUCUCAUCCAUCACCAAACAAUCAUCAUCUCUAGCUCAACUCUGCAGGAUUGCCUCUGAAAAGACCCAGAAUCCGAAUGUCAAGAAGCAUCUUGUCGGCUGUGCAAUGGGUGUUGCCUCAAAGACUUCCAGCUUGGUCACUGCCUUCAAGGAUCUCGAUAGAAUGCCCGAUGCGGAAAGUCGUUGCACCUCGAGCGCUUCGGAGCUUCGCCAAGUCGCCCUUCAACUCCUUCAUUUCGCUGAUAAGCCAGACUUUGCAGCGAUUCAAGGAUCCAUCUCAACUGAAGGACACUCUGCUCAACAACCGAUUCUUCAGUCGAGCCGCGAAAUGUUGGACUCCAGUGCUCAAAUGAUUCAGACCGCCAAGUCAUGGGCAUCCGCGCCGCAAGACGAGGCGACCUGGCAGAGAAUGGCUGUGAAUAGCAGACAAGUUUCCGAUUCGAUCAUGCGAUUGGUCAAUGCUAUUCAUGAAGCUGCUCCAGGGCAGAUGGAGUUGGAAGCCGCGAUUGGAAGACUCUCCGCACUAUCCGGACAAAUUGAGAGAAGCGCGAUGGAUUGCUAUGCUAGUGGAAAUGUGCAGAAACAUGGUGCAAACGCAGAACGUCAGCUUCUCCAACAAGUUCAACAUAUUGCUAGUCAGCUCGAGGACAAGGUUGAUGAUCUUCAUAAUGCCGCGGUAGAACAUGGUGAACGUCUCCCGAAGGUGGUUCAACUGCACUGUCAAAUGGUUGAGGAUCUCGCUGAUGCUGCGUGCUGUGCAGCUGGAAUGACUGUUGAUAGCAACCAACAAACGGAACUUUUCGACAAGUGUAAGACGGUAGUCGAGGCAGAACUUGCGAUGAUGGUGGCUAGCCGUGAAUCCGGAGGAAAUCCAAAUGCAGUGCAUGCUCAUGCGAAUGUUAAGGAUGCUGCUGGACAGUUGAAGCAUGCCAUCGGCGAUAUGAGACAAACGAUUGCCAAGGUUUCCAGUGAACAGGGAGCUGUGCAAGGAAUGGUUGAUACAAUUUCUUCAUCGAUUGCUCAUACCGAUGUUGCCGUGAGCUCUGCGCAUCCAGGAUCUUCCUUUGCCGACGCUCAAACCAGAAUGACCGCCUACCUAGAGGAUAUUCGUAGAACUGCUAUUGAAAUGCCAACGCUUAACACAACGGAUCUUGGAGCAGCUUCUCUGAACCUCAGCGAAAAGUACCGGUUGGUUGCUGGAGACGUUCGCCAGGCAGCUGGAAUGCUCCCGGAAGCAGACAUCGGACAACGUCUGAAGCUAGCAGUUCAGAAGCUUGGAACAAGCUGCAUCGAAACCGUCACAGUCGCCGGAGGAAAGAGGGCUCAUCCCGAAGAUGAGAGAAUCCAACGUCAGUUGAGCUCUCAGGCAGGAACAGUUGUGGAGCGUGUCGAGCAAGUUCUCGCUGCACUUCAUUCAGCGUCUCGUGGAACACAAGCCUGUAUCAACGCCGCGAACACCGUUAGUGGAAUCAUUGGAGAUCUCGAUACCACCAUCAUGUUUGCCACCUCUGGAUCCUUGAACUCUUCCGACGAUCGGAAGUUCCCAUCACACAAGGAAGCUAUCGUGAAGACAGCGAAGGCAUUGGUUGAGGACACGAAGGCUCUGGUUGCCGGUGCCGCUUCCAAUCAGGAACAGCUAGCUGUCGCCGCUCAGAAUGCAGUCCGCACAAUUGUCAACCUAUCUGAUGCCGUGAAAACUGGCGCUGUCAGUCUAUCAAGUGAGAACUCGGAGACUCAAGUCCUUGUGAUCCACGCGGUUCGUGACGUUGCCGCAGCGCUCACCUCUCUGAUUCAAGCCACCAAGAACGCCUCGGGACUUUCCCUUCAACAUCCAGCAAUGGGACAUCUCAAAGAUGCGGCAAAGGUUAUGGUUUCCAACGUUGCUCGUCUCCUCAAGACGGUGGCCACUGUCGAAGAGAAGAAUCAACAGGGAACACGAGCAGUCGAGGCAGCAGUAGAUGCUAUUGGCUUUGAGAUGAAGCAAUUCGAGCAUGAUCUCAAUGAGGGAGCCGCUAUCCCGACAGACUUCCGCCCGGAGCAUCUUCAACAAACCGCCGAGCACGUGUCAGAGAUCACGAAGCGUGUGAUGCAAGGAGCCGACGCACCACAAUCUGAGGAGGAGAUCAUCGGAGUUGCGAACCUCUCGAGAAGUGCCGUGAGGUCCCUGCUCGCCGUGGUGCGAACCAUCAGUAACGACGCCGAUACCGCACCACAGCGAUACGCAGUGCUGGAUUCGGGAAGAGAUGUGGCGAACAACGUGAAGAGCCUUCUAGUCUCACUUCACACUCAGAUGGUUCGGAAUCCGGGACAGGAAGAGUCUCGACGCUUGCUUCUCGAAGCAUCGAAGGGUGUCUCGAGUGCCCUGUCGCAUUUGGUGGGCCUGUGCAAUGAGAUGACCGGUCUUCCACACAAUCACGAGAUGGAGUCGGCGGCCGCGCAGGCCGAGAACGAGUUGUUGGGUGCCGCAAGCUCGAUUGAAGCCGCCUCGGCGAAGCUUGCAGAGCUUAGACCAAGGCAGAUUGUGCAGGAGAACACGCAAGAAAUCGUCGAAACAGAAUUCGACGACAACAUCAUCAUCUCGGCGAAAGGAAUACUUCACGCCGUGCACACACUCAUGAGAUCAGCCUCAAAUGCUCAACGAGAGCUCGCGAUGCAAGGUCGAGCGGCGGCAGGCGGCACAGGUACCUAUCAAUGGUCUGAAGGCCUGAUCAGUGCGGCUCGUGUCGUCGUCGCCUCGGUUCACAAGCUGUGCGACGCCGCGAAUACGCUGAUGAAGGGACAAACGACCGAGGAACGACUCAUCUCGGCUGCCAAACAGGUGUCUUCGUCGACGGCGCAACUUUUGGUCGCGUGUAACGUGAGAGCCGAUCCCGAUAGUCAGGCGAAUCGGAGAUUGCAGGCUGCUGGGCAGGCUGUUAGGAACGCCGCCGAACGCCUAGUACAAUCAGCUCAACAAGAAAUGAUCGCGCGCGACGAUCGGAACAUUGCAAUCUCGGACCGUCUCGUCAACGGAAUCGCCCAAGUGAUGGAUGCUCAAGAGGAAGUUCUGCGAAAAGAACGAGAACUCGGCGAGGCUCGGCACAAGCUGGCUCAUCUCAAUAAGGCUCGCUACGAGCGGGACGGCGAAGAAGCUUAAGCUUGUUUAUUGUUUUAUUGAUUUUUCUUGGAUUUUUCUUUCAAAUUGCCACGUGUCAAUUCUUGAAAAUUUAAAAAUUUAAAAAAUUUAAAAUGUAAUUUUGUCACUUGGCAAUCGAUAUUAUUAAUUUUAAAAUAUUUUAAACCGGUUCCACGUGACAAAAACUUUUUUGAAAUUCUUGUUCAAUUUGCCACAUGUAAAUUAAAAUUUUAUCGAUUUUUCCAAUUACGCGUGGCAAUUUGUCCAAUUUAUUGAUUUUUUUCUUCUUCUCCUCACAUUGACUAUAUCGAAUGGUGCAACAAAACUUUGAUUACAUGUAUUUAUAUCGAUUAUUUUCCGCCUCACCCCGCUCUGUUCUGUUAUUUAUGUAAUAUUUUAUUGAUUUUAUUAUAAUGA